ACAAAAGUAAACAAAGUAAUGUCACUGCCGUAAACAAAAGUAAUGGUCGAUGCCUGAAUUUUCGACAAUUAUUAUCUAUUUUUAUCUGUUUUAUCAGAAUCGAUUGAGUAAGGUGCAUCGUUAUAAUAAAUAAUUAUACAAAACAUAGCAGCAGCAAAAAUGCAGGUGAACAAUUUGGUGCGACUUUUAAAUUCGUCAAGAUUGCGAAUCAGUUCCAGAACCUCGCUACCGUCGUACCAAUUGGUCAAUGGACUAAAAACUACGUCGUUCCUGUCCAAUUCCACACUCCCGGAAAAGCCAAAACGCCCGAUCAAUGCGUACUUGAGAUACGUACAAACCAUACGCUCCAGCCUGUAUGCUAACAAUCCCACAGCAUCACCGGGAGACAUUUCCAAACUAGCAGCUGCCCAAUGGCAAGUGCUGGAUGCUGCCACCAAGUCAAAACUGGAAAAUGAUUUCAAGAAGGACCAAGCCAUUUGGAUUCAGGAGAAUGCUAAGUACUUAAGUCAGCUGACAGAUGAGCAGAAGCAAGAUAUUCGCCAGGCGCGAGUUGAUAAAGUUGAAGAACGAGCUAAACGGGAGUAUAAGAAGAAGCUGAAAGAACUGGGCAGACCGAAGCGACCAUUGAAUGGAUUUUUGCUGUACUCUGCCGACAAAAAGGCAAAGAAUUUGAACAAGGAUCAGAAUAGGGCGCAAAUAAAACAAAUCGCACAGGACUGGGCCAGGUUGAGCGACAGCGAGAAAGCUCCUUAUAACGAUCGUGCGGCGGCAGGUUUGGUGAAAUAUCGCGAAGAUGUUAAAAAGUGGGAGGAGAAAAUGAUCGCGCAAGACCACGCGGAUAUGGUUCGAAAAACGACGGCAACGACACCGACCAAGUCGAAUAAGACGCCGUCACCGAAAUAGGAACUCGGGUGUCCCUAUCCAGAAGUACCAACAGUAGCACCUACAGUUAAGGCGGAAUUAGUUUGUAAGGAAAACACGGCACGGUCGGUAACGACCGAGCGGGUUUACGGAGAGGUGAAAUCGUUGGAUAGGGAUACGGGAGAAACAAUUAAAAAAGCUGCCGCAGUAGUGAAGGGGAGCGAUUCGGAUAGCAGCGACCACGCAGUUAAGACCGAUGCACAUUCGAUUGGAGCAGAACAACACCAGAAAAGUGGUAUUGUUAACAAGUUGAAAUCGAUGUUCAAGUUCUGAUGUUGGGCCCGAAAAAAGGACAACGCUUUGCUUUUAAUAGUUUUAUGGCUGUAUUUUUCAAAGUAAAAUUAAGUCGCUAAUAAGUAUCGCAUUUUUUAAUGUUGUCCUUUUGGUGGGUCAUGAUUAAACAGUGGAACUAACGUUAAGAAUUGCCAUUUUCUUUGUAGUGCAUAUUAACAUGAGUUAUGCCGAUUUUUCAAUCCCCAAAUAAAACUUGUUUUGUAGUGUAA